AUGCCCAUGCGCAAUCUCUGAGCUUUCGGUGGUGCCAUAGGAUGUCUCUGUGCAUCCUGCAUUGCCUGUGUGAGCUGGAUUAAGUGCCCCAACAGGCUGCUGUGAAAAAUGGCAAAGCUUGAAACUGCCUCACAGGGCCCAGGAGACUUGGUUCUAGAUGGCACCAGCACCCUCACCUUGCUCACCUCCACUCUGCAGCACCUGACCCAGAUCUUCGAGCAGCAUCUGGGGUCCCGGAACCACAGCCAUGGUUUUGUUGCACUUCCAUCACACCCGGCUGACACCUCUGCCAUUCUCCAGGCCCAGUUCCUGUUUGAUGUCUUGCAGAAGACGCUUUCCCUGAAGCUCAUUCACGUUCCCAGCUGGAACCUGCAGUCUGCUGUGACGAUCUUCCCCUUCAAGUCUCUCCGGCGCCUGGAGCUGAAGUCUGUCCCUCCGCACUGCCUGCGAGGGCUGCGGUUUAUCUACUCUCAGCUGGAGGCCUUAACGUGCAGCAGAUGUGUCAGCACGCUGGAGGAGGUCAUCUCUGCCUGCGGAGGGGAUCUGAGCUCUGCCCUCCCUUGGCUGGAACUGCAGACCCUGAACUUCAGCCACAACUCCAUCACUGCCCUGGAUGGGUCACUGCAACUGCUGAACGCCCUGAAGGUCUUGGACUUGAGUCACAACCAGGUGCGGGACUGCGAGCACUACCUGACGGUGAGUGUCCGAGCCCAGUGUCUGCGCAUCCCCGGCCGCACGUGGAUUCCCAUCCUGGAGCAGGCAGCUGCUGCGCUACAGGCUGGGACCCAGCCCUUCAGCCUGCCGAGCUGCCUGGGCACCUCCUGCCGGGUGGCCCCCUCGCCUGUCUGCCCCCUGUGUCCUGAUCAGCCUGGGGGCCAAGGGAGCAGCCAGGCAUCUGUGGCCAGAGCCCUUUUGCCCACCCCCGCUCUGAGCCAGGCGCAGGAGGUCAUCUCUGCCUGCGGAGGGGAUCUGAGCUCUGCCCUCCCUUGGCUGGAACUGCAGACCCUGAACUUCAGCCACAACUCCAUCACUGCCCUGGAUGGGUCACUGCAACUGCUGAACGCCCUGAAGGUCUUGGACUUGAGUCACAACCAGGUGCGGGACUGCGAGCACUACCUGACGACCCUGACGGAGCUGGAGUACUUGAGUCUGGCCUACAACUUCCUGCCAAGGGUGCCCGAGCUGGGCCUGCACAGUCGAGCCACGCUGGUGACUCUGAUCUUGCGCAGCAAUGAACUUGAGAGUAUUAAUGGGCUGGAGCAGUUGCUGAACCUGCGGCACCUGGAUGUGGCCUAUAACCUGCUGUUGGAACAUGCCCAGUUAGCACCACUGUCCAUGCUGCACAGCCUCAGGAAACUGCACUUGGAGGGGAACCCGCUAUGGUUCCACCAGAACCACCGAGCGGCUGCCCACGUCCACCUAUCUCCCAGGUGGGGCUGGUGGCCUGGCUGGGGGCGGGGUGACAGCACUGUCGCCACUCAGCGCUGCUCCUUCCGUCCCUUGCAGGGGAAGGUGAGGGUGCGCCGGGCGAGCAUCUCAGAGCCCAGUGACACGGAGCGCGAGUGCCCGGCACGGCCCCCCUCUGCCGGGCUGGGCCAGUGGCACCGGGAGCUGGCGCGCAUGGACGCCUUCCGAGAGCACUUGGGUGCCGACUGGCUGCAGUACAAGAGGCAGCUGGAGGGGCACGGCCAGGAGGGGCCUUUCACCUCCCUUAGUUGUCCUGCCAGGGAGGUGCCGGGCAGCCUGCCUGGCACCCGCACGGUGAGCGAGAGCACCACCCCGGAGCAAGCCACUCCCUGUGGGUCGCUGCGGGACAGCCCGAAGGAGGAGGAACCCGCCUGGCAGUGCGAGGAGGCCCUGCGAGAAGGCCAGAAAGGAGAGAUGGCUGUGGACGAGCUCGCAGCCCCGGAGGGAGAGGAGAAGCCAGAAGUGGACCUGUGCCAGCCUGUCCUGGUGAGCCAGAUAGAGGGUGACGGCGCCCCAGAGCCAGACUGGAUCUUCCUGCGCGUCACAGCCCGGCAUGUGAUCGAGGUGGAGCUGAAGGCAGCCAGAGUCCUGCACAAACUGGAGCUGAGGAGCCUGCAGAAAGUGGAGACCUCGGAGAUGGCCUGGAGACGGAUGGACCUGGAGCGAGUCUUCCCUGUCCUCACGCUCUACUUUGGCUACAUCCGCAAGGACCGUCGGAAGCGCAGCUAUGUGGUGCUGGACGAUCACCCGGAACGCUGUGUGCAGUGUGUGCUGCGAGUGCUGGCCCCUGCCCUGGAGGAGAAUGGCCGAAAUCAGGGGCUGGCGGAGGCUGCGAAGCUGCAGUGCCUGAAAUGCCAGCAGGAGUUUGGCCAGCCCCUUGCACCCUGGCAGCAGAGCCCGUCUCCGGCAGCGGUGGACGGUGGCGAAGGCGUCGAGGCCCUGGCUCAGGCCAGGCGAGGCCCCAGCUGCUCCAGUGACCACGUUGUUGUCCGUCCCUGCGAGCGGCACUCCAGCACCCCGCUGCCCUCCGAGCGCCUUGCGGAGCCGGGGAGUCUGGAGGCGGCGUCCGUCCUGGGCAGCCAGAGCGGGCAGUUCUACAUUGGCGGGGAGGACGAUGGCUCAGAGACAGAGCCCCGGGCCCAGGAGCUCAGCGGCGACCACGGCAGCACUGUCCAGUCCAGCUCCGACGGGGACGGCAGGCAGAAGGAGCCAGGCCUGAAGAGCUGUUACUCGUCCCUCAGUCGGACAGACACCAGCGCGGGGAGCCUGAUGGGCAGCUACCACUACGGCGCAUCCCGGGGGCCCACGCCCAGCUCGGAGCCUGAGGAGACCUGGAACCUCAGUCCCCCCAUAAACGGCCCCCUGGCCGCAUGGGACUUCCGCUCUGUGGACCAUCGCCUCCGGCUCUACCUGGACAUGGAGGUGCUGGAGGAGAACGUGGAGGAAUUCCAGUGCUUCCUCAAGGUGGCCAUGGUGAAGUUUGGGCGCUGUGGGGAGUUCCUUUCGCUCCUGGUGGCCUCAGAUCUCCGGGUUCACGUUCUGGAAGUCACUGGGGAGAUCAGGGGGCAGCCCGCGGACUGGCUGAAGAAAAGCGACUGCCACGACCUGUCUGAUCUCUGCUACCUGGAGAUGGGGCUGGGCCGCCAGAGCCUGCGCAUGGAGUUCGAAAACCCCACGGCCUCCUACAACCUGCUCAUCCGCAACCAGAGCCGCUGUGACCAGUUUGCACAGUGCUUGACAGGUCUCCUGCAAGAGCUGCCAGGCAAGCACAGGAGCCGAGUGAAGGAAAUCCGCAUGGUGGAGAUGAACCCCCAGCACCAGCUGUGGCCUCUGCUGGACAAGGGCCCGUGUCCCGGGGCUGCCCCCGGCGCGCCCGCCCGCUGCUUCUAUCUGCUGGCGUAUUUGAUCCAAGGUGCCUCUGCCUUCCCUGUGACUCUGCUGGGCACCAGCACUGCCCUGGUGCUGCUGGAGGAGAACCACACACACACACACACAGAGUGCCCACUCACUGCAGCAGCUCUGAGCACUGAUCUGAGCCUGGCCCGUCAUGACCUCCCUCCUCCCGUGCAGGUGCUGAAGGUGGAGAGCACGUGGCACAUCCACACGGCGUGCCCCGAGCUGCUGGCCCAGCUGGUGGAGUGGAUCCGUGGCCCCUGGGAGGAGAUGUUCUCCAUCGACCUGCGGAGGAUGGUGCAGGAGUUCCUGGAGUGAGCCAGGCAGCAGGGAGAAGGGACCUGGCCGACCGCUCCCACCUGCUCCCCUCUUCUGGGCCUGUGCUGGUGGGGAACAAGGAGCACUGAGGAUCUGGCUGCUGCCCUGCCGGGGCUGGCUCUGGGGGGCAGGGCGCGUGGUGCUGACACAGCUGUGCCCCGGCGAUUUGACGGACUCACUCAAAGGAGUAGUGACCCUGCCACGGUCACUUCCUAGUUAUCCCUGGGGUCCCGGGCCACUGGGAGCCCAGCGGGUUGGGGCUGGAGUCCAAGCCUGCUUGGCCCGGCCACGGGCGGCAUCUGGGGCCCCCUUCCAUAGGCGGGUGCCAUCUGCCACUUGCGGGACUUGGCGCAGCCUGUAUUUAUUUGUCUGGCCCUGGGCAGAGUUCCCAGGCCUGCGUCCCUUCGGGGGCAGGGAGGCUCUUGAACAGGGCAGUUUUACUGUUUUCUAGUCUAAUAAAACCUUCUAUUUAUUGA